ACCAGUAAAUCCAGCAAGGCAGCAACUGGACAAUACCCAACAAAAACAGCUAAUGCAACCGCCAAAGUUUCAGUCCCCCACACCCUAACAGAUCCCUCUCCAAAUCAUUACCAGACACCCUAAAAAAAGUGAAUAUCAAACAUUCGCAAAACUUUUGUGGAUUGAAAGAAAGAAAGAAACAAACAAACCUCGGAAGGUGCUGUUACAGAAACGUGUUAAAGCCAACAAAUCCCGGAUUUUCGGUCAUGAGGAGAAAAACCCACAAGACUUCUGUUCUGUUUGUUGGCUACUAAACAAACCGCCGGACCGAAUCUGACCGACUUAAUGGCUUAGACUAUUGGGUUUAUUACAUUCUGGGAGUGAUUUUGGUUGAUUUCCGUGAUUUAAGGAAGCAUUUGAGUGUGCUAUUUUAAUCAAAGUACAAUUCUUUGGCUUUGGUUCUGGGUCUAUGAUCGUUUAUGUUUGCUAGCUUAUAUUUUGUGGGAAACGUGGGUUACUUUGGAAGGGAUUGUGAGUUUUUGUUAUUUGAGGUGUAUAGGUAACAAAAGCGUCCUCAAAUGUCAUGGAAGAGUUUUAUUCAGGAUAUUAGGGGUGAGUUUGGGAGCAUUCCGAGAAAAGGGUUUGAGGUGAAGUUCGGAUAUGGGAUGAGAUCAAGGUCGCACCUGGUAGUCCAGGAUAGCUUGGUGCAAGCAAUUGACGCUUUGAAGCAGAGCCAUUGGUCUAACUUGCCGCCGGAGCUUUUGAGGGAUGUACUAAUGAGAAUAGAGGCCUCUGAGUAUACCUGGCCACCCCGAAAAAAUGUGGUUGCUUGUGCUGGUGUUUGCCAGAGCUGGAGAGAAAUGAUGAAAGAAAUUGUGAAAUCCCCAGAAGUUUCGGGAAAGUUGACAUUUCCAAUCUCUUUGAAGCAGCCAGGGCCAAGAGACUCCCUCUUUCAAUGUUACAUCAAACGAAAUCGUAGCAGACAAACAUAUUAUCUUUACCUUUGCUUAAAUGAAGCUUCAACUGAUGAUGGCAAGUUCCUUCUUGCUGCACGAAGGUGUCGACACCCUACUCACACAGAUUAUAUUAUCUCUUUAUAUUCUGAUGAUUUGUCAAAGGGGAGUAGCACCUAUGUUGGGAAGUUGAGAUCAAACUUUCUGGGAACCAAAUUCACUAUCUAUGAUGCACAACCUCCACAUGCUGGAGUGAAAGUGACUAAAUGUCGUUCUACCAGGCUAGUUGAUUUGGGGCAAAUCGCCCCUAGAGUCCCUGCUGGCAACUAUCCCAUUGCCCAUAUUUCAUAUGAGUUGAAUGUCUUGGGCUCCAGGGGUCCUAGGAAAAUGCAGUGUGUCAUGGAUGCCAUUCCUGCCUUUCCUGUCGAGCCAGGUGGUGUGGCUCCCACAGAGACUGAUUUCCUACCGAGUGGUCUGGAUGGUUUUCCAUCUCUCCCUUUCUCCAGAUCAAAAUCAAGCCGCACAGAGAGUUUCCAAUCUGAACAUUUGUCUGAUCAGAGUGAGGCAAUGCUAAUUUUAAGGAACAAGGGUCCUAGGUGGCAUGAACAACUACAAUGCUGGUGUCUGAACUUCAAUGGACGUGUGACAAUUGCUUCAGUUAAGAAUUUUCAGCUGGUUGCUUCUCCUGAGAAUGGAGCUACUGGGCAAGAGUAUGAGAAUGUUAUUCUCCAGUUUGGCAAAGUGGGGAAGGAUGUAUUCACCAUGGAUUAUCAAUAUCCAAUCUCGGCUUUCCAGGCAUUUGCCAUAUGUCUCAGCAGCUUUGACACUAAGAUCGCUUGUGAAUAACUGGCAAGCAGUAGAGGCAAUGAAAGUUGCUGCAUUUUACCUUACAGAUGUUGGCAAAAGCAAUUGAAGUUGAUUGGAAGGCUAGGUGCAGCAUGGGGCAUUUGGCGAAAGAGUUGUUCAAGCUACCAUCUUGUCUGUUAGGCAUUUUGGCUUUGCUUCUCUGUACAUAAAAUUGUUGGUGUUAUGAGCAAUACAUGGUUAUCGUGAUGGUUAUUUCUAACAUGGUCCACUUGUAUUUUGACUUUUGAGUGAGAGUUUGGACUGACAACUCGAGACUAGUUUAUGAGUUUCUCGGUGCUGUUUCAUUGUUGGAACCCAGAAAAUCAUCCUUGUUAGAUUUUUGUUUUUAUUUCUUUGCAAGUCCCCAAAACGUGUAAUCACUAAUUACGUGCUUGUUGAAGCUCGAAUGCUCCCACUCUUUUAUUCAAACUCAGGGCAAGGUGUUGUACUUAAUGCUGUAUAAAAGAAGGGCAUGUUUCAUGA